UCCUCUCCCGCGAGCUCCUCCCGGCGCAGAGACCAGGAUGUGAGCGAUGCUGCUGAAGCGGGCAGGAAACGGGCGCUGUUUUUAUGGUUAACACGGCGGAAUAUAACCCGAGAGACUCGUGGACGGUUCGCUCUGCCGCUCACGGCUGAGGAGUAAGAAAUAAAUCACGGUUUGUGUCGGGCCCCUGAGAGGAGCGCAGCGGGAUGAGCGGGGCCGCUCUGGGUAUCGAGAUCGUGGUGGUGUUUUUCCUGGCGCUGUUCCUGCUGCACCGGUAUGGAGACUUCAAGAAGCAGCAGCGCAUGGUGCUGUUCGGCACGCUGCUGGCCUGGUACCUGUGCUUCCUCAUCGUCUUCAUCUUACCUCUGGACGUCAGCACGACCAUCUACAACCAGUGUAAGGUAGACCACAAGGAGCACGCCGCUGUUCCCACCGUCACCCCGCUGCCGUCCAAUCACACAGCAGCAAACGCCUCAGUCGCGCCCACUAAAAGCAGCGCUCCGAAGCCCUGCUACAAGCCCUGGAGCUACAUCCCCGAUGGCAUCAUGCCGGUGUUCUGGAGGGUGGUGUACUGGACGUCCCAGUGUCUCACAUGGCUGCUGCUGCCCUUCAUGCAGUCGUACGCUCGCUCUGGAGGCUUCUCCAUCACUGGGAAAAUCAAGACGGCGCUGAUAGAGAAUGCUAUUUACUACGGGACCUACCUGCUCAUCUUCGGCUCUCUGCUCAUUUACGUGGCCGUUCAUCCUGAGUGGCACCUCUCCUG